UUCCCGCUCGCGUCGACGCGCCAUGCACGGCUCGGGUUCGCCCUGCCCGGAGAUGGGAGAUGCGGCCGCGGUUGACAUUGUGGAUAUCUAUGAGUCCAUCCGGGAGCGGCAGCGCCAUGACAGCGAGCGUUCCACCUGCAGCACCUUGGAGCAGAAUGACAUCGAAGCCGUUGAGGCACUUGUUUGUAUGAGCUCCUGGGGGCAAAGAUUGCAGAAAGGUGACAUAUUAAAGAUAAGGCCUCUCACGCCCUUCUCGGAUUCUGGAGAUUUCACAAUGCACGCUGAGGCUACUUCUGAAUUACCAAAGGAUUAUUUAUCUACGCUGUGCAUGACCCCCCCGCACAGCCCCGACCUUGUGGAGAUGUCUGCCGCCAUGCUGCUCCCCUCGCAGGUCACUUACUCCAAGCCCAGGACCGUCAUGGCAAGCACGGCUGCCUGCUUGGUCACAUCCACUACCGACUCGACUCCCGCGGCCAAGCCGUCCAUCCUGAGAGUGGAGAGGCAAUGUGAGCAGAGGGCGGCCCUCGCGGAGGCCUCUGCCCCUCAGCCUUGCAGGGCCAUGGCGACGAGCGUCAUACGGCACACAGGUGACAGCUCUGCUUACCACCAGGGUCCUGCUGCGCGAGAGAAAGCAAAGGCAGCUUCGGGCUGCGGCACUUCUGGAGACCGGAGUGGAGCAGAGGACCGAAGACAUUCCAGCCUGCCGCAGGACACGUGUGCUGCCGAUGCUUUAGUUAACAAAGCCUCUCCGGUACGCCAGCCGUGUGCUGGUGACUGCAGUGAUGUCAUGCCCAGCCAGGGACAGCUUCCAAUCAGACCUGUUUCUCCACAGACCCACUUACCAAAGAGUUGCGAGGACGACUUGCAAAAAAGAGCUACCCCAGUGCCACCCGUCCCCGUGUCAAGCCCCCAGGUUCUGUGUCAAAUGAUCCCUUUGAAUGGCCAAAGCGGUGUGAUUAAUGCCUACGUCAAGCCUUCAGCUCCAACCGUCUCGGCUCCGAUGAAACCCAUUUUACCGCAGACAGCUCCGCUCUCUCAGCCUGUGCUCGUGGGAUCUUCUGUGCCUCAGGGGGCCGUCAUGUUGGUGCUUCCACAGACUGCUGUCGCGCCGACGCCGCAGUGCCCGCAAACAGUAAUGACUGUUGGGAACACCAAGCUGCUGCCCCUUGCUCCUGCCCCCGUGUUCAUCGCUUCUGGUCAAAGCUGCACCCCCCAGAUGGACUUUUCGAGACGGAGGAAUUAUGUUUGCACCUUCCCCGGGUGCAAGAAAACCUAUUUCAAGAGCUCCCACCUCAAAGCCCACCUUCGUACCCACACUGGAGAAAAGCCCUUCAGCUGCAACUGGGAAGGCUGCGACAAGAAGUUUGCCCGCUCAGAUGAACUGUCACGCCACCGCAGAACUCACACGGGAGAGAAGAAGUUUGCCUGCCCCGUGUGUGAGCGCCGCUUCAUGCGCAGCGAUCACUUGACGAAGCACACCCGGCGCCACAUGGCCACCAAGAAGAUCCCCAGCUGGCAGACAGAGGUGGGCAAACUGAACAGAAUUGCCACGGCGGAGAAACCGAAAAGCAGCAGUGCUCUGAGUAUGCUCAUCCCCGUGCCACCGUCUGUCUGUCAGGGCUAGUGGGACAAGGCGCCUUCUCUGAAACUGUCUGUAACCCGUGAAGAGCUCUGCUGGCUGCAACAGAACUGACAGCGUGCCCCUCUUCACCCCUCGGCGUGUUUGUUUGUACAUACUUCAGUUCCCUUCAUUUUAGGUCCUCUGUUAAUAAUGCUAGGUGAGAAAUCUAUCCUGUUUCCUCAUCCUAUUUGUUUGUUCAAUAUUUGGGCAGAUGCAAUCACCAGCACUUCAGGAAAGCGGGACUCUUUUGAAAUGAUUUUGACAAUAGGUUUAAACGAGUCAUUGCUUGCUGUUAAUAUUUUGAUGGACAGUGAAACAGGGUGAUUUUUAAUUUUUUAUACUAGUGUUUUCUAUACCAAAUAUAUUUUGUAUUUAUUCCUUUGAAUCUUCGUAUGCAGGCUUACUUGACCUGCGUUAGUAGAGGUGUGCAGGAUGAAACCCAGGGCUUUGGAAACUACUUUCCUGUGAGCCUAAGCAAAUGCAUUCAGAGCAUUCUGUAAGUAUGUAACGUUUGAAAAUUUGGUGUUUGGGAUUUUCACGCUUCUGGAUUCUGAUCCUCCAACAGACUGGUGCUGUUAGAGCCUCCUUGUGCAGGUGACAUUGGAGGUUGGAGAGCCUGAGGUCUAAGCCUGUCACUGUUUAUAAACAAAACAAAAGCCAGCUAAAAACCAACCCAACAAAACCAUCCUAGAAUGACUUUCAGAAAAGAAGUGUUGAAAUCCUCAGCACCCCAUCAGUUCAUAUUCUUUGCAAGUGGCAGCUGUUGUGACUUUUAGUAAAGCUUGACACACUGGGUGUUCCUGGGUCCCCACUCUGCCUGAGCAGAGCACUGGGAGCCAGGCUGCUCUGCUGGAUGUAGAAGCACAAACACUGUUCAGAAGCUUUGACACUAGAAACGAUGCUUUACUUUCAGCCCUACUAAAUCAGCGUAUUAAAGUACUGAAAAAUCGCAAAAAUGGCAAGAUAACCUGUGAGUGAUUAGCUGGGUCUCUGCAUAUAUUUUUUUUUUAAUACAGCAAAAAUAUAAAAUUAAGUUUACGCAUUGUGGAUGCUUAUGCACCUUAUAGAAAAUUGUUCCAGACUUUUGAUGACCUGUAUCAAAGCACCAGGAGAAAUGCUAGUCAUGUCUUAACAAACAGCCACCUUUGUCAGCGCGAGGAUGCUCUUCACGUGGCCUUAUACUUCUCCACAGUACUUUGUAUCGCAUCACCCUUUUCUAUUAAACGAGAUACUCUCCCCGUU